AAUCGAGACUGUACAGGGCUUGUCUGGAAGAGGCAGUGCAUAGAAUGGAAUGAUGCAGGAAAGAGAUACGUUGCAGUAAUAUAUAUAUUUUUUAAAACAGUUUGAAUGAUUGACUGUGUUGUAACAGAACAGUACGCGCCCCUGUUGCACAUUUUUGUUUCGAUUGCAUUCAUGUAUCUUUGUAAAGAAGUGGUACAGACAAGUGAAAACGAAGAAAAUCAAGGAUCGUCCGUGUGUUCUCAAGACUGGAGAAUAGCACGGGCAGUGCAGCUAAACUUCUGGUUUUCCAGCCACACUGUUACCAAAACACAGAAAUGAAGCUGUAAAAGCAUGUUUUAGGUAAAACAAACAAGCUCAGAAGAAUUAACAGGACACUUCCGAUCUCAUCACAUUUCACCUGAAAGUGCUCAUGCCUGCUUGCUCAUCCAAUCACCCUUUUAUUUUGCUUUUCUCCAGCAAUGCCUCGUUCUACCAAAUCGGCUAAGCAAGCCGCCACAAGUAGAGUUAAAUUAGGCAAGGCAAAAAAACGAGAUGCUAAAACAGUUAAGAGACAGACUUUUAACUCUAAUAAGGCUAGGGGGAAAGCGGUGCUUAAAAAGGUUGAAGAUACAGGGAGAGCUAAAAACAUAAAGUGUAAUCUGAACCCACCUGUAAAGAAACUGAGAAGCACUGAAAUCAGUAAAUCCUUCAGUGGUGUUUCCCAGCGAUUGCAGGGCGGCAUUCAAAACACCUCCCUGGGAAUAGGAUCAGCAAGAAUAAGACGUUUGGAUAAUUCCCUGAAGCAGCAUCAUGUCUCUGGCCAUAGAAUGUCUCUUCGGGGCAAACCUGUCUUCCAAAGCCUUCCCCAAGCUCCCAUGCCAAACAGAAAACAGAGAAAAACUAGGUGCAGUCUGGCAGCAAGACGUAGAAAAUGUAAGGCCAGCGAAAUAGCUCCCGAGGCAGACUCGGAACAGAGAGAGACGGCUGAACUAGUUACAGAUGAUAACCUGUCAAAGCAUGAAGCUGCCUUGUGUCCUGAGGAAAGCCCUGUCACUAGCAGCAAAGGGGACGCUGGUACGAAAAGCAUUCACACAGCAGAACAGCUGCCUGCAGUGGAAAAUGCUGCUGUCACGAACUCCCUGGAAAUUGAGGCUUGUCCCGAGGCAGAUUUUGAGCAGGAAAAAUUCAGACGCACAGCGUUAGGUUCAGGAUCCGAAUCUGGCCCCUCAAGCCUGGCUUCAAGUUUGAUUUUAAAUGCCUCUGCUGCUGAGACACACGAAAUGGAAUUGCAAGACGUGAGCCCAGACAUUUCUCAACCAAACACCACUCUGAAAGAUUCUGAAUCCUUUACUGGGAAUUCAGUGUCACAAGAAGAGUCAGGCGGAGAGGAUCCUAUUUUGGAUGCUGAACCUAACUUGAGCUCAGCAUUAGUGAGCCCAAAGUCUCCAAAAAGUUCAACUGCCCCUGAGGACCCAGAGAAGUGCAGAGAGAGUUUAAAUCCCUCUAAUCCAAACCCAGAAUCCAGAUCACUUGCAGUAGAUUUAUCUGAGAGAGGACUUGGACCUGGGGAGUUUUUAAAGUCCAAAGAAGAUACCACCAUCCCUGAGACCUGGAUAGGGUUGAACUUGGAUUCAGAAAGCCCAGCUUUACAUUACAAUGUGAAUAAUAGGAAUUUCAAUGUUUCCAACUCAACAACUGGGCUAGAAUCAGGAGCGCAAACUGACGGCAGUAUAGAAACCAAGUCAAUCUGCGGUUCAGAGAUCACCACGUAUGUGUGCAAGGAGGAACAAGGAUCUCGCAGCAUGGAUUUGAACACAUUGGGAGUUUUGCUUCUGUCUCCUCAAGCCAGUUCAUCUGACCCGGACGGUGGUCAGCUCACUCCUUCUCUUACUGCUGGGAAGAAGAAACGGCGGCGGUGUGGCACCUGCGAGCCCUGUCUCCGGAAAGUGAACUGCGGGGAGUGCAGCUGCUGCAGGAACCGCAAAACCGGCCACCAGAUCUGCAAGAUGAGAAAAUGUAACGAGCUGAAGAAGAAACCGCUGCUUUCCUCCCAUGAGGGGGUGUGCAAGGAUAUAGCCAAACCACAAAGAAAAAAAAGAGUUUCCAAGGUUGAUCCAAAAGGAAGAUCAGUAAAUGGCACAAAACCAGGCCAGAUGGAAGAAGGCCUUUUCAUCCCAGCAGAGGAAUGCGGCUCACAGCUUAACCCUAUCCCAUCCAUGGUGAGUGAAUCAAAAGAGGAAGAAAGCGGAAAUGUUUUGGAAAAUAAACGCUGUGGCGUGGAUGAGGAUCAGACCCUCAGCCGUAUUAACGGGAGCUUCCAAGCAACAGGGGACACGCAUGAAAACUUGGAGCACAACGGAGAAGAAAAGCCCAUUAGUUGUUGCUUCUCACCUGAGCCUCUAGAAUUGUUUGCACAAUCCUCCAGAAACGGAACUAAAUGGAAAGGCGGUGCUUUAACGGAAUCCACUGUGCCCUUUAAAAAAAUCAAGGUAGAAGACCCUCAGUAUGGGAUUAAGAAUAGAAACGAAAACAGAGUAAACACUCUGGCACAAUUUGCAAACCUUAGGGAUUAUAACAAUGCCUUGAGCACUUUGGCAGCGGUUGUUUGCUCUGAAGAGCAGGACUGCAGUCCCGCAGCACAGACGACCAUUACUAGUGGCUGUGAUGGUCUUUGCAACCCGAAUUGCACUGUUUUGCACACUGAAACUUGUGAAAAUAAGCUUGAGGACUGGAGAUUUUCAGUCAAUAGUGAAUCUGAAAAUGGUGCUUUAAGUCUACCGAAAGUAGACACCUCCUCUUUCUGUGACUCUCUUGUACUUUCUCAGCCAGGUCUCUUAUCAUUAGUUGAGAACAGAAACAUCAGCUUUGAACAGGCAAUAGCAAUCGACGCUCUUACCCAGUUAGGAGAAAUUCCUCUGCAGUCUUUGUCGCAAACAGAACAGAACACAGAGUCUCCUGCAAACCCUGAUUUCGUUUUAAGCAAAAAAGAGCACCAGCAAGAAAAUGAACAGAAGCAAAAACACCCUUCUUCAGAACAGAGCUACCUUAACAGCCCAGUCCCAUAUCAGGAUUCAAGUAAGUCUUUCAGCAGCUGUUUAAAUAAACAAAACAUACAUACCACACCUAAUGCAUCAAUUAACAGACUUUCUUUACUGGAUUUAUUUAAUGCCAGCUUGGCUGCUGAUACAUCUCCAGCAUAUGUAACUAGUGAAAACGUAUUUCAUUACAGUGAAGCCAACAGCAAUUGUGAAGACAUACAUUCUCAGCCCCAAAAAGUACAAUUCAAGGAAACCCUUCAUUUAGAUAGUGAUUUGUUACUUAAUAGGGUCAGAAAUAAAGAUGAAGAAGAUGUAGCGGCACAGCUAGCACAACUAGCAUUCAUAAUCCAGUCAAGUCAGCAGGAUGCUCUAAACGCUUCACGUAUAGAUAGCCAGCCCCAGCAGCAGCAUGGACUGGAGAACAAUCUGCCCCAAGAUUUACCCCUUCAGGAUGUAAAGCACAAUCAUCUUCUGCAAAAUUCAAAAAAGCCUCCAGUGAAGAAAACAAGAACGCCACCAUUCAAACAGAGAAUAUCAAAGAAGGCCCAGUUAGCAGCUCAGAAACUGACUGAUGAAAAGGAUCAAGUUGAACAUAUCUGGGUACAGUCACAACUCAAUCAAGUUAGCCAUUUCCUCCAUCAAGGAUCCAACGCUAAGCUACCAGCGGCGACUCACAGAACCAAAGUUCAGAAGGUGUUGCCGCGACGUCAAACAGUGCAGCCGCGGAAAUCACACCUGUUUCUUCCACGGACUCAGAUCCAGCUUAAAAGCAAGCUGCCAGAUGUAUCUCAAGAAAAAAAGAUGCUUUAUCACCCCAAGAGUUCUCCAUCCUCAAAUUGUAUCAAAUCAGAGUGUUUGGAUGAUCAUUGUCUUUACUUAGGAUCAGGAUCUCAUGUCAUUGGUCAACACCUUAACUGUAAAGACAUCCUUCCUAGUCCCACUUCUGAAUCGAAAUUAGACAAACAGGUCAAAAGUAAAAGGUUGACUGCUUACACAGAACUGAAAGGUGAAUGUGACUCGAAUUCUCAGGUAUUUCAAGUAACAGAUGGUGCUAUAGGGAGGAAUGACCCUUCCAACACUGAGGACACUAUAAACAGAACCGAACUGCAAGAUCGACAGAACCUCUGCCUGUCGGAAACACAUGCUGGCAAUUCUGCAUGGGUCCAAACUCCAUCAACCUCUGAGAGAUGUAUAAAAGUAGAGACCUCUGGAGCUGUUACCAUCCUGUCAACUUCGAAUCUAGAUACCGAUGGAGCUGAACCUGACUUAGUCGGGGGGUCGAUGCAGACUAAGAACACCUUGAACAGCUUCAUGGAAUCGCCCAUGAAGUUUUUGGACACCCCAACUAAAAAUCUGAUUGAUACCCCUUCCAAAAAAGGAUUUGAAUUUCCGACCUGUGACUGUGUUGAACAAAUUAUAGAGAAAGAUGAAGGCCCUUACUAUACACAUCUUGGAGCAGGACCAAGUGUUGCCGCUGUAAGGGAAAUUAUGGAAAGCAGGUAUGGUGAGAAAGGGAAGGCGGUUCGCAUUGAAGUUGUUAUUUACACAGGGAAGGAAGGAAAAAGUUCUCAGGGAUGUCCAAUAGCAAAGUGGGUAAUCAGACGUGGCAGCGAGGAGGAGAAGCUGCUGUGUUUGGUGAGGCAGCGAGCGGGUCAUCACUGCCAGAACGCUGUGGUGGUCAUCCUCAUUCUGGCAUGGGAAGGGAUUCCACGACUCGUGGCUGAUACUCUGUACCAGGACCUGACUGAGACCCUACGGAAGUAUGGCUCGCCGACAAGCAGGAGAUGUGCACUGAAUGAAGACCGCACUUGUGCCUGCCAAGGCCUGAACCCGGAGAAGUGUGGGGCCUCGUUCUCGUUCGGCUGCUCGUGGAGUAUGUACUUCAACGGCUGCAAGUUCGCCCGGAGCAAGUACCCUCGCAAGUUCAGACUUCUAGGAGACUACCCCGAGGAGGAAGGGAAGCUUGAAAACAACCUGCAGAAUUUAGCUUCGGAUAUCGCUCCAGUGUACAAAAAACUUGCUCCAGAAGCAUUUCAGAAUCAGGUGGAUCAAGAAUAUUUGGGCCCAGACUGUCGUCUAGGUAGAAAGGAAGGCCGGCCAUUCUCUGGUGUCACAGCAUGCGUCGACUUCUGUGCUCAUGCACACAAAGACACACACAACAUGAACAAUGGAAGCACUGUAGUUUGCACUUUAACGAAGGAGGAUAACCGGGCUAUCAGGAACAUACCAGAAGACGAGCAGCUCCAUGUCCUGCCUCUCUACAAGAUCUCUCAGACGGACGAGUUCGGCAACGAGGAUGGGCAGCGGGCGAAAAUGCGGACGGGUGCCAUCCAGGCCCUCUCGGCUUUCCCCAGAGAGGUGCGUUUGCUGGCAGAGCCGGUGAAGUCAGCGCGGAAAAAGAAAAUGGAGGCAAAACGGGCAGCAGCUGAGAAACAAAACAACCAGGACAAGAAACAAGCUACUCCUGUGAAGCACAAAGAUGGAGGCAUCAAUGGGCAUGACAGCUCUCAGACCUUAACAGCAGGUUGUAAAGGAGCUCCUUUGAAACAAUCGGCAUCUUACAAAAUGGAGCCUCAAGACUACUACAGUUCAUUUAAAUUGCCUAGACAUGCCAGUCUUGGAAACUGCAUUCCGGUAUUAGGAAAUUAUAACCCUUCCUCCCCUUAUGACUUCAGCAGCAUGUACCCUUACUCUUCUGUAAUGCCUAGCCCUAGUCUGGAAGCACUUCCUUCUUUUCAUCCAAAUUUUCCUAUUCCGUACGGGUACAUUGGCUUCCCUGGUAACCAAGCCUUCGCUUCCCCCUACCAUGAAUACACCAGCGGCUUUGAGACGGCAGUGAAUGGGCUCACAGCUGAAAUCCCAAACUCACAGCUAUCGCAGCAGCAGAAUGUUAACAUGAAGGAGGAGAAGUUUUCAAACCCACAGCAUCAUCAUGAAAGCUCACCAGUGCUGUUCCACUCAAAAGCAUCUGAGGCGCAUAAAAACAGACCCAACGGGUUUCAUAAAACACAGAUAGGAAAGGACUAUCAUAUCGCACCAUCGGGGCACACACAAGGGACCAACAACAACUGCAAAGUGCACAACGGAGAAAUCCCUUGUCCGGUAGGGCAUGGGGCUACCAAGGAUCAAGCAGAAGAAGUAUGGUCCGACAGUGAACACAACUUCCUGGACAGAGACAUUGGUGGAGUCGCCGUUGCCCCGUCCCACGGUUCCAUCUUGAUUGAAUGUGCCAGACGUGAGCUUCACGCCACCACCCCAAUCAAGAAACCAAACAGGAACCACCCUACACGUGUUUCCCUGGUCUUUUACCAGCAUAAGAACUUGAAUGAGCCCAAACAUGGGCUGGCACUUUGGGAAGCCAAGGUGGCGGAAAGAGCGAAAGAGAGAGAGAUGGAAGCUGAAAGGCUGGGUACCAUUGAGAAUAUUGCCAAGCCUCGCAACAAGAAAUCAAAGCCGAGCGUCAGCGAAAAGGAGGAUGUUAUACAUGAAGAUACUCAAUUGGUUCAGAUUCCUACUCGCAGGGCGUUAACGAUAUCUAGGGAUGGGGUUAUUACUGUAUCUUCAUAUGCCCUGACACAAGUUACAGGCCCUUACAACCGCUGGGUUUGAACUUUCCAUUGUGUUCUUGCUGCCUUACCUCAAUGCUUUUGAUCAUAUUUUAUGGUGCUGUCAGAUUUGACUCAUUAUUUUGUAUUGUUUUCAUCUCAGCUGUCUCAGUUGAGGUUUUAUCGUUGUGUGGGUUUUUAACUGUGACAAUAGGAUUAUUUGUACGUGUAUGUAAGUUUUUUUUUCUUAUUUUAAAGAAUGGUGCUUGAAGCAGAAUUUAAGGCAAUGCGGUUUUACAAUUUUUCUAUACAGGUGAAAUAAGGAAGUACAAAUGCAAAAUAACUAUUUAUUAUGAUCAUCUGGUGGCUUUAAGGUUUUCUUCGAGGUGUUUCCAACACAAGGAGUUUCAUUUCUGGUGCUUUGAUAAGGUCUGUUUACGGCAAUUGUACUCUGUAUCAAUUUACAUUGAACUUGCAAAUCUUAGGGUGACAUUUAUGGUGCAGAAGUUAUAUAUCAUUCAUUUUAUGUUUUAAUGUUGAAUAAUACAGCUUCUGGUGCUCUUUUUCAUAUGACUGAUUUGAUGAUGCCAAUGGAGCAGCAACUUUCAGUUGUUGCUGAAAACUGCUGUUUACAUAGGUCUUUUAAAAAAUAUCGGUAGCAUUUUAUAAUACUUUGUACUUUGAUUUUCAAAUUUGAUUUGAUUGUAUCAGGCUUAUUUUAAAAAUUGAAACGCAAUGAAGGAAAGGUACAUUUUGUUUUGGUUGAUUGUUAAAUACAUCUUGUUUGCAGCCUGUAAAUAUGAAAUAAAAGCACUUUUUAUUUUUUUUAAUAACUUGAAAUAGCUCAGCAUAAGCUUGGUUUAGAUACAGAAAGUGAUCGGAGUACUUGGUCUUUAGAAAUAUUUUAUUUCAAAAUUGAAAAUCGCUGCAAUGUAUAUAUUCAUGGUGACUUUCAUUACAGUAGUGAUCAUUUUUAUAAUUAUAUUUGAUUGUUACAGAUUUCUGAUUGUAGUCUGCAGAAAAAUCAACUAAACUGUCAACUGAACAUAGUGAUAUUGUACAGUGCCUCAUUUAAGUGACGGACAAACUGAUAAAUAACCUCAAUGGACAGGUUAGCAAAAAUAUUUUUAAAGAGAAAAGUUGUAAUUGUAUGUCUUUUAAGAUAAGAUCAUUACAAUCAUAUGUUAAAGUGGCAAGUU